AUGCGUGGAACAGACGUGGCUCGCCCGUCCUCGUUAGGCUACAAGACUGCAGAGUCCGCGUCCUGGCUCUCCAAUAUAACAACUUCGACAUUUAGAAACAAGCAACCAAAAGACAAGGAAACCGCACCCAAUACUGGAAACAGCCUGAUCGCAAAAUUCAGGUUAACAAAUAGUUGUUGCUUGUUAUGUGUUUAUGACUGCAAAGAUUCGCUUAUUGGAUAGAUGUUACUUGACGGGGAGGGGAGAGCAGGGAGCGGGGAACGAGUACGGGGACCCUGAAAGUGAAAAAUGGGGACAAAACAGAGAAUUGGAAAUGAAAUUACUGAUAAGGCUUACCGGCUAGGGUUCAAGGUAGGACACCUAUGAUACUGAGAUGAUGCUUUACCCAUCUUGUUUUCCCAUCUUGUUGGUGUUAUUUCUUUUCAGGAAUUACAAUGCCAGCAAAUACAGCAGCUCGUGUGGUAACACACUUGGAGACUUCCUCAAGAAUGCAACUAAUGGUGUUAACACUAGCAGUAGUGGAUUCAGUAGCACAGAGCCAAACAUGAAUCGACAAGAACAGCAUCACCGACCAGGUGAUCUCAAUAAUGGCACUGGUUACCAACAGAUACCGAGUAAUGUCAGUAGGUCAGACUGUGAAGAAACAGCAGAAAGGAGUGAUUAUCAACAACAUCGACGACGUGGUAGUGACAGUGUCACGAAAGACUCCGGUCUAGACUUCUCUCAUAUUCAGGAAACGGGCAUGCAUGAAAAGCAUUCUAGCGCUGAACAGGCAAAGAGAAAUAGUAGAAGCAAAUCCGACUCGUCCAGAUCUAAAUCACUGGGAGACAUUGUAGAACCCCUGAAUUCCGAAAGGCUCAGACCAAUUAGACAGAAGACCAGAAAUGCUGUGGUUAGCAUUCUGGACGACGGAGAAGUUGCUUUGGAGUUUUUUCAUCGCAAGAACGGUGAAGACAAAGUUUUCGAGGUGCUGAAAAUUUCACAGAAUGGGAUGAAGAUAGCUGUAUACCAGCCUAACGGAAAGACAGGGGUCCCUCUAUCAUCACAACCCCCUCCACCCUUGGGGUGUGACUCCACAUGUAGCUAUCUGUUCUCUAACUUGCCCUCUAAGUAUUGGAAAAAGUACCAGUAUGCUACGAGGUUUGUUCAUCUUGUGCGCAAGAAAACACCGAAGGUAAACACUAUUGUUAGUCCCUUUUUUCGCAGACACAAAAUUCAGCACGCUCAGCAGUUUUUUUUCAGUUUACUUAAUUCGUGAUUUUUACCUCGCAGGUCACAAUGUAUUCCAAGCAUGCAAAAUGUAUGCUUAUGGAAAAUUUUCCAAAUGCUGAUUUUGAAGUGUGCUUUUAUAAUGGUAGGUGCCAGACAGAGUGUUAGUUAUGUUAAGGUAUAGGCAAAUCUUUGCUGAUCUUUUUCCUAAUUAGCGUACGACUUAACUCAUUGAAGCCGUGGCCGUAUAUAUGAACUAAAUGCAAAAAUUGAAAAAGCUGAUUAAGUUGAGCAAUUUGUGCAAUUUUCAGCUCUUUGCAAGCAAUAUUGAAGGAAAGAUAUCAGCCAUCAAAAACUGCGAAAUUGCUGUGUGGCAACAAAGUUAAUGAGCCAUACAUUAUCUGUAACAUUUUGAGUUUUUAGAAGAGAAUUUCUCCGAAACCAUUCGGUGUAUUGGGCUCAAAUUUUUAAAGAUAACUGAAACUGUUAUGUCCUUUCAAUAUUCAGAGUUUUUAUUUUAUUAGCGUCAUCAGAUAGUGAUUAACAUAUGUUUAUGAGGCAAAAAGUGUAAACAAAGAUUCGCCUAUAGUGGCCAGAACUCAUAUCGGCUAUUUUAACUAAGGCUGCACGUGCCUUUUGUGGGACUGGGUCGGUUUUGUGACGUUUUGCACCAUGGGACUGUUUUGAAGGACAAAUUUUAAUCCCGUCUCCUUUGCAACCUCGUGACAGCCAAUAAGAGGCGAGCAAAUAUCCAAACUCUCCCAUAGUGCAACUCGACAUAACACUGACCCUGUCUCCCCCUCAACCCUAAAAAUGGCCAGUACCCUAGGACUUAUUUAAACGUUUUACUUGGCAGUCACACAAUGCUAUUUUGUUAUUCCCCAAGGCAAAGGGCUCAAUGUAACUGAACCACUCACUCACUAACCCAACCUCUUCAUCCCCGCUGGACAUAGGGCGGCUGGCCGCAAUCAAACGUCGCCACCGCCACUCAACCCUGCCCUGAGCUUUGGUCUGCCUGAGUGCGCUUCGCCCCAUGUUAAACCCAACUCCUCCAGCUCUUUCAUCAAUGUUUUCCGCCAAUGUAUUUGAAACACUUGCUAUUCAACACUGAAUGACUGGUUCCGAGGGAAACAGUUAAUUUUGUCCACCUCGGGAAACAUUGAGAUUCGAGGGAAACAAAAUUAACUGUCGUUUCCCUAGGGACAAGUCUUUAAGUGAUUUGUUAUAGAGCGGGAAAUUUGAAAGCUUGUAACGGCGGUCGUCGGUCAACAUUCGUGGGUGACAGUGCACUGUUACCCUCUGACGUCAUAGAUGUUUGCAAUGUUGCCCGCUCAGAGAUUUUGGCGGGAAACAAUUUCAUUGUUAGAUGUCAUGUGACCUUCAAGUAACCACUGAGAGAACGCCCUGUUGGGAAACAUUUCCAGCUGUAUAACAAUUAUCAAUAUUUUCUACAGGGGCUAAAGUGCACCAGUCACAGGAGUGCACACGGAUAAUCGAGCCAGGCGGAGUAUCAUACACGUUGGAAUCAGUAGGCGGUCUGGAUGGUGUGACACAGGAUAUGAAACCGUUGUUAGAGCAUGCUCAGAAUUGCUAUCAGCAGUGUGUGCAUCUAGAGAGAGUCAUUAAUAAGGAAGAAAGUGAGAGUAGCGGAGGACAGUACUUUCCAUUCAUUGUGUGCCGCAAACCACCUGUGUCGAGAAAUAAGUCUCUGAAAGGAAACGAUGGACUUACCGAAGCACACAAUCCUAGGUACGUAAAUAUGUUUUGUGAUUUUUGUUCCUUCUUCAAUAGGCCGUGUAGAUUCUCUUCCCUUUAAACACUUGUGACGGCAUUCAUUUUAACGUUUAAUGAAAAUAUUGUUCCCCCCCCCCCCCCCCCCCCCCCCAUACUUCCAUCAAAAUAGUUUCAUAAUCCAACAUUUUUGCAAAAAAUGCCGCCUCCAAAACGAGUAAGUUAAUGUUCUCCAAACGAACCGAAGUGAGGCUUAGUUAAUGCUCAACAAAAGCAAACAAACAAACGGGAGUAAAGAAUCGAACGUUGUGGGUUGGAGAGAAUGCGACAGGUAAUAGUCGAGGGCCGAGGGGGCAAUCUUGCCUACUGUGCAUGCUCGAGCGUCGAAAGCCGUAAUCUGACCUCAUAACGUAACAUCAGGAAUAAAGGUUAAGGACUGUCACUAUUGACUAAGAUUUCUUUCUGCCGGGUAUAUGCAAUUAGUAGGCGGGGAAUUGAUCUUCUAGGAAGUUUCUGUUUCUACUUUUCUUUUGUUGCCUAUGAAAGUAUCAGAGGUCAUGUUCAUAGUGGGCGGAAGGAAUCCCCAGCCCUUUGUGGCAGCCCUGCAGUAUUUAAGUGUAACGAGCAAAGCUUGAAGUGGCGGUGAGGGUGAGGUUGUCCCAUCACUAAGGCUGUCACAGCGAAGGCGGCCUGGCCGAGCUGUAAGAGCGCUAGACUUGUAAUUCGGAGACCCCGAGUUCAAGUCCCGCCCUGACUACUGGCUGAGUUUGUUCUCGGUAGUCCUGAGUUCAAAUACUCGGCCAAGUCUGUAAAGGCCAACUGACUCGCCUCCUACCAGUUGGGAUUUUAUUUUAUUUUUGAGGGGAAUGUAAGCUACUGACAGGGUGCGUACAGAGUCUUGAAUUCUUGAAAUUUGCCCAGCAAUUUUCCACGCUGGAAAAAGUCUCCAAAAUAGAGAUAGAGUCUCGAAAAAAUGGUUAAAAGCCCUGAGUUCUUUUAAAAGCUACAAGUGCUUUACAAGUGAAUUUUUUUCGUGUUGGUCAAAUCUUAUUCAAUUUCGCUAGUACGUUUGCAGCGCAUCAUGGAAAAAGCUUUGUUCCUGCGUUUUUUUAAGGUCUCUAUUGAUCACCUAUUUGAUAACCUUGAGUCUGGAAAAAGAAAUUAUUGUUUUGGAAAAAAGUCUGGAAAAAGUCUUGAAUUUUGGAUUCAAAAAUCUGUACGAACCAUGUACUGGGUUACCAGUAAUGUUACCCUAUAAAAAGCCUUAAUCCUUUUCCUUUUGUUUUUCUUAAUCUCUUCAUGAGUAAUUGAAAGGUGGCAAGUCCACUUUUUUACUACGAAUGUUGCCAGCAAGGCUUUGUAACCUAAGCUCUGACUAUGCUGUUUCAUCAGACCCCCUGACUCCAUGGGCAACAUAACAGUUACUGCUACAUCGCCUAGCACCGUAGCCCCAGUCAAUACCUCUCUACUGUCAUUCGAUGGUACUGUAGCAAGUGUGUUCCACAAUACAAGGCCGUCUGCAGCAUCCAAUGAUCACAAGCUCGGGAGACGAUCACAGUCUUGUGGUGAUGAGUCAUCUGAGAAGGUUGCUAGAUCACCAUCUGAGAAAGGGAGAAUUCAACAGAGCCAGCCAACGAUCAAGGAAGCUACCAAGCUGGGGUCAAUCUCGUCAUCAUCGUCUCACGUUGUAAAGAGCGUUUUUAUCCAAGGUGUUGGGUGGGCUUCCCAGGUGAGCUCAAAUAGCAACAUUAGAGACCUUUAGAUUCAAGGACGCGAACGACUACGAGUACGAGAUUUGACUUCAAGUUUUUUUGUGUAGUCUCAAGAUAUAGACUCCCCGGAAAGCUUCAUUUUACCAUUUUUCACUAGAAAAGUUAGCACUGUUACCUUUAGUGAAGGAGGUUGCACCUUCUCCUCUCCUGAUCGCAAAAUGAUAAAACGUCUAACAUUUGAUAACUUGUUUUCGCUACUUCUACAUUCUCGCUAAAACUCGUAGUAGAGUGACGACGGCUACCACGUUUUCCCGCCAAAAUGACGCUGGUUCAGGCGCGAGCACUACUUAGUACUGAGAAAAUCUCGUACUCGUAGUUGUACUAGUCUUGGAAUCUAAAGGUCUCUAUUAGAACAGCCACAGGAGUGACCAAAAUCAUUUUUUUCCUAACGAUGUCAAUACAUUUUUAAGAAAAAAAGGUUAUAAGAAUCAAAAUGAUCACCAAAGAGAAAUAUUUUUGAUAUUUCAUUAUUUUCUCAACUAUGUAAUUCUUUAAGGAAAUGUAUGAGGAUCACUCUGGAGAAUUUGUUUGUGGAUAUUGCGGCUUAAAUGAUUUAUGUUUUUAUUUUUUAGAUGAAAUUAAGUGUAGUUUUUCUCAAGCAAAUGAAAAUCCUAGACGACAUUUAUUUUUUUUUAUUGACCGGUAGUUGUCCACUGGAGAGGUAUGGAUCCAGUACAAUGAUGGAUCUCAGAUGGUUGUUCAGUCCUCUGUUACAAGUAUCAAAUAUACAGACAGCGGUGGCACAGUAACAAGGUAAUUGCAACUAACAGUUAUAGAUUUGCCUUGUAAAGCCUACUAUCAUUUGACCGUUCACACGCAGACCCCAAUUUUUCCGUUAGACUGACGUCGAGAUCGAUCGCUUACUGUAAUGAGCGGCCAAGUUUCACCGACUUUAUCCUGGGGAAGAGUCUCAAAUCUACCUAGGCAACGGGGUCGGGAGGAGGUGCGCGCUUUCAAGCCGGGUGCACGCUCCGCUCGGUACGUUUUAAAUGAAGAUGGCCGCCCGUUAGUACGCUAUCUCGACGUUCUUACGAAAAAAAUAGGCGGCUGUGAUCAGUCUGAAGCAAUAUGGAUAAUGAGGAUGAAAACAACGGCCGUAGUGAUUAUGAUAAUGAUGGCGUUGACGUGUGUAAGGUUUUUCUUGCACUCUGAAAUAUUCUCAGUGCACCAACAAGGUGAAACAAAUUAAAUCCUUUACUUAAAAAAGUAUGGCAUUUUCUUGAAGAGAAAAGGUUUCAAAGAUUUGUUGCCAUGCCAAAACACAUUUCCAGAGUCUUGAACAUAGACUGAAGGAGAAAGACGUUGGCCAUGAGGCACUUAACUGACGGACGGAACUUGUAGAAGUGAACAUUUUGGCAGGUUUGAGGUGCUGUUAAGUCUAAUAUAUCUCUCCUUUUCAUGGUCAGAUUCAGUCACUCUGACAGAUUGCCGCAGCCAAUCAAGGACAAGCUGUCUCACCUUCCGGUCGUUAUAGAAAAUCUAGUAGCCUCACCUAAAGUGUGUUAGUCAAAGGAGAGGAUAAGAUGGUCAAUGUCUGUAAUUAUGAUAAGUAUAAUAAUAUUUUUAUAAUAGUAUAAAGUACAUCAUGGAAUGCCUGAGGCGGAUUUAAACUAUUUCAAUAUUAGUUGAAU